AUGGCCCCCCUUCUUACUCUCUUCCCGUUUGCGCUCCUGCCGCUGUGCGCCGUGGCAAAAAUCAGCGCAACGGCGCAGCUGUUCCAACUGAACGGCGGAAACGGCGCAAACAAUGUCAAACUGAGCUGGACCACGGUCAGCGGCGCGACUUCGUACGACAUCCUGCGCCGCUCGAGCAGUGGCUCCUACGACCGAGUUGCUAGCGCGCCGGGCAACACUUACGACGUCUAUGACCUCAACGGCGCCUCGACCUUUCAGAUCCAGGCAAUGAACGGGGGCUCCAAGGUUGAUGCGUCGGGAGACAUUGCCGUGACGCCGGGCAGCUCGGCGUCCGGGCUCAACACGUACGACAACACGGCUGCGUCGUCGCUCAAGAUCAAGAGCAACCUGGUUUCAGGGCAGACUUACUACCGAUACAACUACGUGACCGACUCGCAGGGCUUCAGCCACUUCUCGCAGCAGACGUCGUCGGAUGGCUACACAUUCAGCGGCGACACGACGGUCCUCAGCAGGGCCGACGUCUGCGCCUCGACCGACGAUGGAUUCUGCAAGCUCGAGUCAAUCAACUGGGCCCAGCACCCCAAGUCCGGCCAGGUCGUCAUGUGGGCGCAUUUUGAAAAGGCAAAGGACUACACGCUCGGCCGCGUCGCCGUCGCAUACGGCACUCCGGGCAAGAGCCUGACCUUCGGCGGGGCUUUCAGGCCUGCGGGAGACGAUUCGCGCGACCUCACCUUCUUCGCCGACCAGGACGGCUCGGGCUACCUCAUCUCGGCCAUCAAGACAAACUCGGACCUCGGCCUCUACGCCCUCAAUGCCGAGUGGACCAAUGUCACGAGCAAGGUGGCGACGCUUCAGGCGGGCGAGCACCGCGAAGCCCCGGCCAUGGUCCACCAGGGCGGCUACUACUACCUGUUCACGUCGACGGCGGCUGGCUGGUAUCCGUCGCCGGGCAAGUUCAUCUCGGCCCAGAAGCUUUCGGGGCCGUGGAGCGCCUCUCGCAACAUCGGCAACGUCGUCAACUUUGGCGCCCAGUCGGGCCAGGUCGACAAGAUCGGCGACAACUAUGUCAUGGCCGCCAACCGCUGGGCCGCCCAGUGGGCCAAGCCAGAGCCCUCCAACCGUCAGAUCCUGCUCCCCAUCGCCUUCAGCGACGGUCUCGCUUCCUACGCCUUCUACGACACGCUGCAGUAUGACGACAACUCGGGCGUCGUCGUUGGCGUGCAGAACGGACGCAUCCUCAGCGUCGGCAAGACGGCCACGUCCAGCGGUGCUGCGAGCAACUCUGCUCCCGGUGCUGCCAGCGACGGCAUCCAGGACGAUGCGAACAACCUUUUCACCCCGUCCGGAGUCCCCUUCUGGUGGCAGGUCGACCUCGGCGAAGCCCACGACAUCAGCCAGGUCGACGUGACGCCGAAGCAAGUCGCCGGCUCCGAGACGUACAUACAGUACAACAUCACCGGGAGCAGCGACGGCAAGACUUUCACCGAGCUCGCCGACGAGAGCGCCAACACUGCCGUUGGCUUUAGAUCCAGCAAGAUCACCGGCUCCGGUUCGCACAGAUACAUCCGCAUCAACGUCCAGAAAGUAAUCAACAUUCACAACAACAACGAGGCCGACUGGGCCGUCGGGUUGCACGAGGUUUUGGUGUACGGCAAGUGA